CGAUUUCCCCAUCUUCUAAAUCCAUUUCUCAAUCAUCACCCCCCAUUCAGUAGAAAAACCCAAACAAACAAAAAAUGGAUAUUUCAGAAAUCGCAAAAAAACUCGGACUCUCCGACUCAAAAAUCCUCAUCCGUAAAGCCGCCGAACUCCGUCGCCUCUGCGAUGUUCACUUCGAUUCUUCGAUCAUCGGCGUCGGCGAGGUUGCCAAAGCUAUCAUCUGUACGGAGAUCGCGGCGACGAGGCUCGGUGUUCUCUUUGAUCGAUCGUCUGCUGUGAAACUAAGUGGAAUGUCUGAGAGAGCUUAUAUCAGAUCUUAUAAUUCACUUCAUAAUGGCAUCGGAGUCAAGUUGAAGCUUGAUGUGAGAGAAUUGGCUAUUCGAUUUGGUUGUGUGAGGAUUAUACCUUAUGUUCGCGAUGGUCUCAAGCUUUAUAAGGAUCGGUUUCUUGCUUCGUUGCCGGCUGCUCGCCGUGCUAGUGCUGAUUUUACUCGUCCGGUGUUUAUGGCUGUUGCUUUUUAUUUAUCUGCCAAGAAACAAAAGCUCAAAGUUGAUAAGAUAAAGCUAAUUGAACUCUGUGGUACUUCUGAAUCAGAAUUUUCUAGUGUUUCCACUUCUAUGAAAGACUUGUGCCAUGAUGUUUUUGGGGUAGCUAAAGAAAAGAAAGACCCUAAAGAAGUAAAGACAAAUAGAGAUCUGCUUGAUGUCUUACCAAGCAAAAGAAAAGCCGAGGAUGGUGGUUAUUUGUCUGAUGAUGGAGCAGAGGUUUCAUGUUAUAAAAAAAAGAAACAGAUGGAAACACAUGAUUAUGAGAAGUGGAAAUCUUCUGUCCUUGCAUCCAAUAAACAAGAUAAGAAAGAAGUGCAUCGCAAGAAACCAAUACAGACAAGCCUCAACUUCGUCAAGGAAGCUCCUGAGACCCAGAAGUUGGAGGUGUUGUGAGAUGGUAUUGUUUUCACUGCGAUGGAAGAAGAUUCUAGUGGAAGCUUGGUACUGUAUAAAUCAAAGAUGAAAGUAACAGAGAAGUUGCCUGGUUGUGACUAUUUUUACAUAUAAGCUUCUCAAUUUUGUUAAAGUUGUCUUUUGGGGAAUUUCCAAAGCAUUAAAUUAUAGCAUGAACUCUGUACAGACAAUCAUUUUAAAAAAAAAAACUUUCCUGGAAUUUGGCUUCAAAAUGAGUCACAUAUAGGUUCAUUUACCCUUACAAGACAGUAAAUCUUGAAACCAGUGUGCCUGUGCAAUUUUCUUUGUAUUCAUACAUUUCUAUCUAUUUAAACAACACAGUUUUGGAUAAUACUAUCUUUCAACUGCACCAGGAAACAAAAGCAGAAAGUGAAUUAAUUUGAAUAAAUAUUUUUU